AUGCCUCGGUCUUUCUUGGUAAAGCGAGGGGGGCUGCACCACCUCCACUCCGCAGCAAGAAGUCCCAGCCCUGGGUUGACUCCUGUGACAUUCAGCCAGAUGGUAAAAAAGACUGGGUCCCAGUACACUCCUGUGUGGGACUCCGCAGCCAAAAUGCCAGAGAAAAUCCAAAAAGAGUCCGCUGUAUUUUUCCAGCAGGAUCUACAGGCUGCUGAACACCUGAGUGGAAGUAAAGACCCUCAACUAUUCAGUGCCAAAUCCCACGGUGGGUGACAGGUGGAUUUUCAAAAAGUAAAUUAUAAAAAGGGACUAGAAGAUGUUUUUCAUUUGAGCUGUUAUGAUGUUAUUGAAGUCAAGAGGUUUUUUAAAGUUUGCAUUUAUAGCAGUCAGUUGACUUGCUUGUCUUUGUGCUCAGACUACACAACCGAGCCCUGCAGUCCAGUCAACUCAAACACCACAAGCACAGCAGAGGAAGUCAAUCCCUACCUUCCCAAACCAGCCUUGUACCCAAGACUUCAUGGGGACUCUGAUUAUCCAGAGAAACUGUCCUUGGGACUGGGAGACUUGAGUCAGCCCCCAACAAUCCUGAGGGACACCAGGAGUCACGAGUGCCCGUUCUGCAGCAAAGUACGGCAUCUCUCCAUAUUAUUUAUCGAAUAAAGCUCUGCAGGAUUAAAACAGCACAGCUUUAUGAGUUACAUUUGUCAUUUAGAAAACUGCUCCAGUUCUUGUUAAUUCAACUCUAUUGCUGAUAACAACUUAGCUUGUAGUGUAGUAUGAAUAUGGCAAAGAAACUUUGUUGGCAACAUUUGAAAAUACUUUUUUUUACCACAGCACACUGAGCAAACAUACUACCAAUGUUAUAUGUUGACAUGUACUCUAUUCCUAUCUGCCAUACUGAGAUGUUGUAGUAAAACAAUUUGUGUCACUGUAACCAAAACAUGAAGUUAAGAUUAAGGUAAGAGAAGAAGAACUUAAUUUAUCCUCGAAGGGAAAUUCGACAGAACCUGUUAGAGAAUGUGUUAAAAAAGGUUGACAUGACAAGUUUCCAAAACUAAAAAAAAAAACAUGUGAUGACUUAUUGUGGUGUAGGCGUAGACUGUAUAUAGAAUGGACGUUGUCUGCCUCCUUACUGGGUUAAGCCACCGCAAGAACAGCACCCUCUGGUGACAGGCUGAAGUAUAGGUCAUAAAUCCAGUCUCCUCCAGCAAUCCCUAUGGAAGUGUGGACAAGAUUUAGAAAUUAAUUACACAAAAUAUACAUUUUUCUCCCCCCUGCUUGCGAUGUUGACAUGUAGUUACAGUAAGACUGGUUUGUGCUCAAGUCCUCUUUUUUCUGUACAGCUCCAUUUUUAAAAGUUAUUCGGGGGUUCAUGUUUUCUAUAAUUGACACUUGAUACAGCCUAUGGGCGUACGAAGAUUGCGUAGCUCACCCGGGGGAUACACUGUUUGAGCGGAGCGUCAUUACAGCAACUCUUGGCAACUCUCCCACCGAAUGUGUGCAAUGCUACUGCACAACAUUGGUUUCAGGAAGUGGAGAAAAAAACGAAAAAAUACCGAGAGCUUUUCGUCUUAAAAUCCGUAUAUGGGCCAAAGGCAGAACCAAGUUGUCCAUAGUAAAUACAGUCUUUGGGUAUAAGUCAUCAAGCCAACCUCCUUCAUGUUAACAUAUAGUUCUUGUCAUGCUGUUUUGGGCCUGGGAGUUGUUUCCUCUGAGAUUUAUUAAUUCUAUAUCUAAUCAUGUAAAAAGAGGUGUGACAGCAUUAUUAACAACUCCACUGAUAAAUGUGGCGCCUGCAAAUAAGCAAAGUAUAAGAUUAAAUAUAAGUUUAGGUAGUAGAAGAGGGCAGGGCAUCAAACCAGAAAUCACCGUCUGAACCCUUUAUCAUGUCUUUGCAGAUGUUUUCAUGUCUGUCAAGUCUAAAGACGCAUAUAUACAGGAGUCACAGGAGCAGAUCACCCUUAACCCCAGCACACAUAAAGUCCAGCAGGACGGACAUGAAGAGAUCAUCUCAUAGAAGCAACAAGGUCAGCUCACGUCGUUUAUUUAAGAGGAUGAAUUAUGAGAUACAGCAGUCCAAGAGUCCGUAACCAUAGUGCCUGUCUCUUUAGGAGAGGACGUUCGGCUGCACAGAGUGUGGAAAAGUGUUCAAGCGCUCCUCAACCCUCUCCACCCACCUGCUCAUACACUCAGACACCCGGCCGUUCCCCUGUCAGUACUGUGGCAAGAGCUUCCACCAGAAGUCCGACAUGAAGAAACACACCUUCAUACACACUGGUAGGUUACCUUCAAGGUUUUGUGGAAGAGUACAAAGGAAAUUUUUGGAGUAAAUAAUAAAAUUAACCAGAAUUUUACUUUCCUUACAUGAAAAACACUGAUAGCUUACGCUUAUCGCCAUUCUACUUCCCAUCCUUUGAACACAGAGAUAGUUUUAGAUUAACCAUAAAAUUACACAAUUCUACUUCUACUUAGUGUUCAGAACAUGAUAAAACUAAAAAAAAAUCUGGUCUUGUUUCUUUUUCAGGGCAGAUUGUAACUUCUCAAAUAUUUUGUGUUGUUUUUAUUCAAUGUAUUUGUUUCUUUCAUGUUAGACAGACCAAGCAUUUUAAGGCAUAUGAAUGAAAUUACUAUUACUGCAAUCUAAGUGCUUGUCCUCUUUGAGAUCUAGGUAAGAUUAGAAACAGUGCAAACUCAAUAACUAUCGAGGAGAGCCUUGAAAAUGUUUGAUUAUCGUGCAUGCGCAUGUCUUGUGCUGUGUUUAUGUUGCAGGGGAGAAGCCCCACGUCUGUCAGAUAUGUGGGAAGGCCUUCAGCCAGAGCUCCAACCUCAUCACCCACACUCGCAAACACCGGGAUGAGCGGCCCUACUGCUGCCCCCCGUCGUUUCUACAGCUUCCAGCACAGAGUGGAGCUGCAGUAGCACCAGGAGCUCCACUGUGGCCACAGCGGAGUCCACAUCUUUGA